GGCACAUAGGAGACGUCACACUCCGGAGUGAGAGUCCAGUAAACUGAUUGCAGCAAGGAGUGAAUUCCUGGAUCGCAGAGACUUUAACCAUUUUCCAAAUGGCAGGAAGACCAUCUAAUCAUCGGAGAAAGCAGGGAGCUAACCCAAACCAACCUGAGCCUCAGGAGGGAGCUGUACUACCUGCUACUAAAGCAGCCAGUCCGAGGGGUUCACGAUCUGCAAGCCAGAGAGGAGAGGCAAAGGGUGGGAGUCCCAGCUUGGCCAGACCUUCAAAUGCAGGAAGACCUUCGAACCCAACUAAGACCAGAAACCCUGAAGCACAGAGAUCCACAAGGUUAACUACCAGAGGAGCAGAGAGCAGCAAUAAUGGUGCCAUGCGAUCCACAGUGGUUGUUGGUAGUGCCAACUCUGGAUCCAAGGCAGUGGGUAAAGCGACAGGCACCAAAAGCCAAGCUGACCAAAGGAGUCAACCUAGCAUCUCCUUCGGCUCAGCAAUGAUCAGUAAGCAGAGAGCAGCAGAGAUCGAGAAAGAGACACGGGGUCAAAGGGAAAACCGAGCCUGGUUCGAGCAGCGCAGAAACCGAAUCACAGCCUCGGUUGCGCACAAGAUUUCCCACUGCAAGUUUGUGAAUGGAAAAAGCACUGAGGUCCCUCAGUCCUACCUGAAGCCCAUCAUUGGCCUGGGCUCAAAUGUCAGCACUCCCGCGAUGAAAUGGGGGGUCCAGAAAGAGCCCAUAGCCAUCAGAAAAUAUGAGAAGCAGAAGUCUGAGAACACCAGGCACCAAAUAUCUGUUCAACCAUGUGGGCUGUUCAUUGACCCAAUGAAGGCCUGGUUGGCAGCAAGUCCUGAUGGUGUAGUGGUUGACAAGACAACCGGAGAUACCAUCAGCCUCGUCGAGGUCAAAUGCCCCUAUAAGCACAGGAAUCACACUAUCAACGAGGCUUGUAAAGACAGAAAGUUCUGCUUGGAAUGCAAUAACGGUGAAUUUCAGCUGAAGAGGGGUCAUUCUUACUUCACCCAGAUUCAGUGCCAGUUGGCGGUCGUGGGCCUCAACAAGGCCGACCUUGUGGUCUACACUGAACAUGAGAUUGCUAUUGUCCCAGUGGAAUAUGAUGAAAAGUUCUGGAAGAAUGCAGUGGACAAACUGGAAGAUUUCUACACCAGAGCAGUCCUGCCAAAAUUACAGGAACAAAAUCCGGUCUUGGCAAGUGAAGAAUGAGCCCGUGAAAUAUGCGCUAGGAUAUUUUCAGCCGCACUGAAUGUCCCUAUACUUGAAACGUUUGGACUUUUUUUUUCAAGAUGACGCUGAAAAGAAAUUUCACAGUGGCCUUUGAAAAAUUGCUAUGAUGUGAAACCAUGGAUUUUUCUGUGCUUAUUACCAGGGAACAGUUACAGAGCUUUUGUGAUGGAGAAAGUGAUAACAUUUGAGGAACUGUCUAUAUACAAUGUAUUUUAACACUGUGCUUUUGUUGAAGAAAGAGCUACAUUGUGGCCGGUUGGAGAGAGGGAAUUAGAGUAGGAGGAGAUUCAUGUGGAAUAUAAACAAUGGCAUGGAUCAGUUGGGCUGAACGACCCUGUUUCUGUGCUGUAGAUUCUGUAUAAUUCUAGGUGGUAAAACGUGAACUAUUUAACCAAAGUUGGGUUAAGCAUGAUCCUGAAUAUGGGAUGAAACUCUCCUGUGCCCUCCACCCAGAUUUCAUGAAAGAUUUCAUGUCCAAAAUGAGGAAAAUCUCCAGGCUUCUAUGAUUCCAUGAUCUUCACUAUAUCCCAUCCAGAAACAAAUAAAUGGCUAAAAGCAAAAUACUGCGGAUGCUGGAAAUCUGAAGAGUCAUACGGACUCAGAACGUUAACCCUGUUUCUCUCUCCACAGAUGCUGCCAGACCUGCUGAGUUUUUCCAGCAUUUUCAGUUUGUAAAUAAAAUGGUUAGUGCCGCAUUUGAUGUUUGUGGGAUUUUACUGUCUAUGAACUAGCUGCUCUGCUUUGUUCCUGGAAUUCUUUAAAAAUAAAGUAAAAUUGUGACUAUA